AUGAAUCCAGCCAACCAUACGCACGUGACAGGAUUUCUAUUCUUGGGUCUUUCCCAGGCAUGGGAACUCCGGAUUUUCUUCUUUAUGGUGUUUCUCACUGUGUACUUGUUGACAGUCAUGGGAAACCUACUCAUCGUGGCCAUUGUAUCCUCUGACCCCCACCUUCAUACAACCAUGUACUUCCUCUUAGCCAACCUCUCCUUCCUUGACUUCUGCUACUCUUCUAUCACUUCCCCCCGGAUGUUGGCUGACUUACUCUCUGGCAACCCAACUAUCUCCUUUGGUGGUUGCCUCACACAACUCUUUUUUUUCCACUUCAUUGGGGGCAUUAAAAUCUUUCUACUCACAGUCAUGGCAUAUGACCGCUAUGUUGCCAUCUCCCAACCGCUACGCUAUCCACUCAUUAUGAAUCAGGGAGUUUGUGGGCUCUUUAUGGCAGGUUCCUGGGUGGGAGGUUUUGUCCACUCAAUAGUUCAAGUUGCCCUGACUGUCCAACUCCCAUUUUGUGGGCCCAACAAAUUAGACAAUUUUUAUUGUGAUGUGCCCCAGUUGAUCAAGCUGGCCUGCACAGACACUUUUGUAUUGGAGCUGCUAAUGGUUUCCAACAAUGGCCUGGCUCUGAUGUGUUUUCUGGUACUACUGGGGUCCUACACAGCCCUUCUUAUUAUGCUUCGGAGCCACUCCCGGGAGGGCCGGAGCAAAGCAUUGUCUACCUGUGCCUCCCACAUUGCUGUGGUGACCCUGAUCUUUGUUCCUUGCAUCUAUAUCUAUGCCCGGCCCUGAACCUUCCCUAUGGACAAGGCAGUCUCUGUCCUGUACACCAUGGUUACCCCUAUGCUCAAUCCUGCCAUCUACACCCUGAGGAACAAAGAAGUGAUUGAAGCCAUAAAGAAGCUAUGGAGGCGGCACAUAUUUGCAUGGGGGAAACAGGAGCAAUAA